AUGUUGCACAAAAUCAUCGUAAACAACUAUAACCUUUGGGUGGUGGUGUUUGUGGCCUUGGGCACCAUUUCCACUGCCUAUGGCCUCGCCAUCAUCGGCUCGACCGUGGGCCAGCCCAACUUCUAUUCCUACUUCCACUUGGCCACUCAGGGAGAGCCUGGCUAUGACCACACCACCAACAUGAUCGGAGCCUUGAACGGCGUCAACUCCGCCGGUGCAAUAGCAGGAUGUAUCUCACAAGCAUGGUCUUCCGACAAGUAUGGCCGCAAGCGUACGAUGCAGAUAGGCUCCCUCAUUCUCAUCGUUGGGGGUGCCUUGUGUGCCGGAGCGGUUGAUAUGGCCAUGUUCCUUGUCGGGCGUUUUGUCGCCGGCAUGGGCUCAGGAAUUCUGGCUUGUGUGGUCCCCAUUUACCAAGCAGAGGUGUCCACACCAGAGACACGAGGCGCCAUGGUCUGCGUCACUGGUAUCAUGUACGCCGUCGGCUAUGCUCUCGCAGGAUGGCUCGGCUACGCCUGUUUCCACAUGUCGGCCACUGACCCUGCCGCACAAUUCGCCUGGCGGUUCCCUCUGGCCUUCCAGGUCGUCUUUCCCACCAUCUUGCUGGCUGGGAGCAACAUGGUUCCCUUCAGUCCGCGUUGGCUCCUCUCGCAGGGCCGGCGACAAGAGGCCCUAGACGUGGUCAAGCGGCUCCACAGGACUCCUGGCGACCCAGAGGACGUCACUGCUCGCCGUGAAUUCUGGCUCAUGGAGCAACAAUACGAAAUGGACGCUCAGAUGUCUCGCGGCCGGUUCGAACUAUUCAGCACCCCUGCGAACAGGAAACGGGCCCUGAUGGCCUUCGUUUUGAUGUGGGGAAAUCAAUUCCUCGGCAUAUUUAUUAUGACCAACUACGGGGUACUGAUAUACGCCAGCCUUGGGCUGAGCGGGUCAAUUCCGCUGCUCCUUAACGCAUGCUGGACGACAUUCACUCUGAUCGGCAACACCUGGACGGCGCUCUUCAUCGACCGCUUCGGCCGGCGCAAGUUCAUGCUCAUCGGCUCCUGCGGCUGCGUCGUCUCUGUCAUCUUCCUCUGCGCCCUGACCGCUUCCUUCCUCAACACGACCAACACGGCCGGUCUGCGCGCCGCUGUCUUCUUCAUCUGGUUCUACAUCAUCUGGUGGUGCUUCUUUAUCGACGCCACGCAGUAUGUCUAUGUGGCUGAGAUCUUCCCCAACCAUCUGCGUCCCGCCGGCGUCGCGCUGGGCCUGUCGGCCUUUUACCUGGCCAGCGAAGUCACCUUGGUCGCUGCACCUGUUGCAUUGAACAAGAUUGGUUGGCGGUUCUAUCUGGUCUUGAUCAUUCCGUCUGCCGUGUACAUCGUAAUAAUCUACCUCUUCUUCCCUGAGACCAAGGGCCGCACGCUCGAGGAGAUCGGCCACGUCUUCGGUGACGACAUGCACGUCGCCACGCAGUGGUACGACGCGUCCGACGAGGAGAAGCGCAAGAUCGAGGAGCAGGCCCUCCGCGACACCGAAGGCGGCGUCGUGCGCGAGAAAGGCUUCUCCACCGCCGUCAAUGUCAACGGCAGUCGCGGGGACGGGGCCGACGACAUCUAUGCGGACAAGGGGACGACGGAGAUUCGGAGUGAGGAUAUUGCCAAGCCAUGA